AUGGCGGCAGUCUGUCCCAUGCUGCGGUUCCCAGCCACUGAAGAGGACUGUAACAGCUAUGUAGAGACAUUGAAAAGAAAGCGCGAUGAUUUGGAGGCCCGCAUACGAUGCCAACGACCGCACCAAGCUAGUCAGCCACCUGCGGAGCCUUUGCAUAACAACCAAGAUGCACACCCCGAGGGAAUUCUCGGCCAGCAAAAUGCCACAGAUAACACUGUCCAGGCAGCAAUGGGCGAGAUUGGCUUCCUGUCUCGCAGUGCCAUGGCAGAACCCCGGGAUGAGACCGGUGGCCUGUCCCAGGAACUUUCCAUUGGACGUAUGCUACGGUCGACGCUGUCUCUUAACGGAGCCAACCCAGCGCAAUCGAUCAUAGAUCCCUAUGGACAAAGUGUAGCGGCGAUGGUUGACCCAUCCAUGACGUCGAACAAACAGUUGGCUCUUCCAUUCAUCACUCGCUUUGUGGAGACAGUAGGAAUGCAAUUCCUUCACAUCGACUCCAAAGAGCUACUGGAGGACUCUGAGAAAUUCUUUGACACGUCAGACGACACCACCAGUGAUCCUAAAUGUCUUUUACCGGUCAAAAGAUUCAAUCUAUAUCUGUCCAUGGCUACUGGCGCACUACUUUCUCCUGGGUCAGGUGGCCUCCAGGGACUUGCCAGUAAUUAUCAUGCCGCUGCCAUGAAGCUCUUCCCUGGAAUUAUCGAAAGUGGGACUAGACUGGAUAUUCUAUAUUGCAUGUUGUCACUCAUCAUAUACUCACUGCACAGUGCCCUUGGUGGGUCAGCUUGGCACUUGAUGGGGCUGGCAAUGAAGAAGGCAAUCGCUUUCAGAUUCCAUAAAGACGUGGACGCGGAUGCUCAAAUGGCCCCAGGGAUGUUGAAAGCCAGACGCAAUGUUUUCUGGAGUCUUUAUACCCUUGAUCGAACCAUCAGCACAAUAAUGGAUCGACCGUUUAGCAUUGAGGAUGAAGAUAUAGCAGUCUUGGGUCCCGAGGAAUAUGAGAAAACUGUGCCAGCUGGAGGCUGUGACUUAGCUUGUCACCUGGUAUCGCAUGCCAGAUUCAUAUCGAGCAUUCGCGACGCUCCUUCGAAAAGUGUGCUGUAUCAUUAUAGCAACUUUUGUUAUUGGAAGGACUGCGCUACUGGGCUCGAUCAAGCCGCUAAAUAUCCACACGUUCAUAUAAUGCGCCUUUCAUGCCGGGCAAUGAGCGAAAUCCUGAAGGUGAAGGGCUCGAUAACCAUCGAACCUAGUCUGGUUCGCAGCUCCAGCAGCAUUGAGAAGGAUUUCAUCAAAGCAUGUGUGGACUAUAUCGAGGACGAGUACCAGCGGUCCGACCGUGGUGAAUUUGCGGGGAGUUUUGUGGAUGCCUACGAUAUUUUCAAUGCGGGGGUGAUUCUCAUUUGUUUGACUGCAGGGAAACCGGCCUUGCCUCAAUGCGAGGCCAAUAUUGUCAAUAAGUGCACUGCUUUACUCACGCUUCUUGGGGAGAGGUUUUCUGGCCUGCGGGUCUUCCGCCGUGUGUUGUGGGCUCUCUCGGGUUUGGUCCUGGGUGAGUCCACGAAUGACCCGAUCAUCUGUGAGCUUCCCCCGGUCAUACCUGACGGUAUCCGAGACUUGAUCUCCGAAUUCUUUUAA